AUGAGUUCUUCCUCUGGUCAGAGCAGUGGCUAUGAUCUCUCCUUCAAGAUCUUGUUGAUCGGUGACUCUGCUGUAGGAAAAAGUAGCCUCCUUGUUAGCUUCAUCUCCAACUCUGUCCAAGAUGUUGCCCCCACAAUUGGUGUUGAUUUUAAGAUCAAGGUGUUCACAGUAGGUGGGAAGAGAUUGAAACUAACUAUUUGGGACACAGCUGGACAGGAAAGGUUCAGAACGUUAACUAGUUCUUACUAUAGAGGAGCGCAAGGAAUCAUUCUUGUUUACGACGUGACGAGAAGAGACACUUUCACAAACUUAUCAGAAGUGUGGUCUAAAGAAGUAGAACUCUAUUCAACUAAUCAGAAUUGCGUGAAGAUGCUAGUUGGAAAUAAAGUUGAUAGAGAUUCUGAAAGGGUUGUGAGCAAGGAAGAGGGUUUAGCACUUGCAGAAGAGUUGGGAUGUCUGUUUUUUGAAUGUAGUGCCAAAACUAGAGAAAAUGUGGAGCGAUGCUUCGAGGAACUUGCACAAAAGAUAAUGGAAGUUCCUAGUCUUUUGGAAGAAGGAUCUACAGCAGUAAAAAGGAACAUUUUAAAGCAACAACAGGAAUCCCAAGCAUACGAAAUUGGUGGCUGUUGCUCUUAA